GAACUGUAACAGGGAGUCAUAGGGGCGAACCGGACGGGAAAUUGAUAUCCGAAAUGAUCUGGCUUUUACUUGAGAGUUGAAGCAGUCGAAGUCAUCAAAGCAAAGUUAAACUAGGAAAGCAUGAAAUGCUUUUCAGUGUGUAAACUCGGAACCAAAUCUUCAUGGAAGUUUCCACUAUUCUUGUUCCCAAACAACUCUGCAACAUCGGAGGUUAUCGCCGCUGCUCGCUUCCGAAGUGUCGCUCCUCGUUCCCUUCGCUUCUCGUUGCUUGGAAGCGUUUCAAUCUCUAAUCGUGAUCGAAACUUCUCCACCAUGGCUGGCGCUGAAGAGUUUGUUAAGGGAAAUGUUUAUCCAAACGGCGUCGCAGUCAUCACUCUCGACCGUCCCAAAGCCCUCAACGCCAUGAAUUUAGAUAUGGAUAUCAAGUACAAGCAAAUUCUUGAAGAAUGGGAAUUGGAUCCAAAGGUCAAAUGUGUUCUGAUCGAGGGCAGCUCACCACGUGCGUUUUGUGCAGGAAUGGAUAUUAAAGGUGUUGUUGCUGAAAUCCUAAAGGACAGAAACACAACUCUUGUGCCAAAGGUCUUCACUGCAGAGUAUUCUCUAAUAUGCAAAAUUUCAGAGUACAAGAAGCCUUAUAUAUCAUUGAUGGACGGCAUAACAAUGGGCUUUGGAAUUGGCCUAUCUGGCCAUGGUCGCUACAGAGUGGUAACUGAGAGGACUGUUCUUGCUAUGCCAGAAAAUGGAAUUGGUUUGUUUCCUGAUGUUGGAUUUUCAUAUAUAGCUGCACAAAGUCCAGGAGGGGGUUCUGUUGGUGCUUAUCUUGGAAUGACUGGGAAAAGGAUAUCAACGCCUUCAGAUGCACUAUAUGUAGGUCUUGGAACACACUAUGUGCCAUCCAGAAAUCUAGGUUCACUGAAGGAAACCCUUCUAGCCAGUACCUUUUCAGAGGAUCCACACAUGGACGUUACUACUCUGUUGGCAAAAUACAGCAGUAACCCUGAGUCUGAAGCAAACUUGAAGUCGUUUUUGCCUCAGAUAACUUCAUGCUUCAGUGCAGAUAAGUCUGUUAAGGAGAUAAUUGAAGAGCUUAAAAAACAUCAGCAAAGUACAGAAGCUUCAGUGGUAGAGUGGGCAAAUGAUGCUCUGCAUGGUCUUGGAAAGGGCGCUCCCUUUUCUCUUUGCUUAACACAAAAUUAUUUCUCUAGAGUUGCAUAUGGAUAUGGUAAACAUGGAAAUGAAUUUACUUCGCUAAGCGGUGUUAUGAAAACUGAAUAUCGCGUUGCCUUGCGGUCUUCUCUGCGAAAUGAUUUUGCUGAAGGUGUACGUGCAGUCUUGGUUGACAAGGAUCAGAAUCCAAAGUGGAACCCUCCAAGCUUGGAUGGAGUUAACCAAAAGGAAUUGGAGGAAGUUUUUGAACCAUUAGGUCCAGGAAUUGAAGACUUGAAAGUGUAAGGUUCACACUUCACAUAAACAAAUUGUCUCUUCUUGUUUUGCUUGGGAGAUGAAUGGAUCGGCGACGUGCAAAUACAAAUUUGGAGCUCAAGAAAAUAAACAAAGAUCAUUUACAAGCAAAAGUGCCUCAGUUUUUGGCAUGAAAGAGUUUUACAUAUUGCAUGACACUUAUGGCUUUAAUAAUAUUCUGAUCCUAAAGCACAAUCAUUAUUCCUGGAAUGUACACUUUUGACUUUUGACAGCCAAUAGUACGGUCAAAUAUUUUUUAUGAUCUAUGACUUUCAGAUUCUAUGAAAAUGUUGUGCUUUUUUUCCUAGGAUGGCGGUUUGCAUUUAAACUGGAUUGUUAUCUUAUUCACUGAUAAUGGAGUUUACAAUUUCCAUAAACCAAUUUAUA